CCCCCUGACGUCACUGCGGCGCGCCCAUACCGGGCGCUCGGUGAUGACGUUUCCCACUGCCUUGCACACCUGUCUACAACAUGGCGGCUGCAGCCUUGCUCAGAGGGAGCCUCAGCAGAGCACUGAGAGCCUGUGGGCGGCCUGGGCCAGGGCGCAGUGUGUCAGGUGAGUGCCCCUGAUGGCAGGACUGACCACCAUGGUCUGAGGAGGGGGGGAAUACUGCCAUGGUCUCAGCUGGCCAUGUGCAAUGCCCACACUGUGCAAUGUCCCAGCAUGAGAUCAUUAGGGAGAGACCCCCAGAGUGUAUCCCCCCCUCUCCUGUGUGGGCUGGGAUUCCUAAACCAGAUCUGUCUGCAGUAGCUGCCCAUCAUGCUCAGCCAGCCUCAAUGGAUUCAUAGAGAAUGAGGUUAAGUAACCUUUGGAGGUGCCAAGGUUACCCAUCACUGCCCUGUUCAUAGUAUUUCCCUAUAUCUGACCAGUGCCCAUUUAAAUCAACACCUUUUAUACUUUAUUAAUGCUGUAAUUUUACAUUCAGUGGCUUGGGGGUGAGACAAUAAUACAUUGACCACUGCACACACAUUUUAUUAAAUACAAUUCUCGAGAUACACUACUUUUUUUUGUUUUAUUUUUCUUUAAACUUCUCAUUACAGUGAUCUGUUAGCCCAUCACUUUUUAAAUAUUUGCUCCCAGUAAGAAAUCGUAGGCAUGGAGUAUCAUUUAAAAGCUGACAUUCUGCCUCUUGGUAUUAAUACACACACUAUUUUAGAUUGGUUCAGGAAUAUUUGCCACUUACAUUUGUCCUCCCCACCUCCUGCCGCGUAACACUGGAACUGGGUUGAAACACGUCUGCAGAAAAUUAGAGAACAUUAGAUUUAUUCAGCUGUAAGUUUUGGUUUCUCCGGAGUCCGGUAUGAGCUAAUGCAAUGUAGUUUUUUUUUUCACAAAAACCUAUCAAUUUUAUUAGAAUUCAGGUUCCUAUGACUUCUCAAGCCCUAACAUAUUCACUAUUUUAGUGCUAGAGACAGGCAAUACUGCUUUUACUUUUCGGGCUAGCCUUUGAUCCUUUGCAGUGAAUGGCACGGGAGGGAUUUGUGUUAAGGACAUGAGCUGUCCCUUGUUCAGUAAAUAGUUUAAUCUGCACACAUUACACAGCACCAAUUUGGCUGACCUCUGAGUGAGAACAAGGUCAUAGUCACUGCAGGACAGGUGGGCUGUACAUUUGUAUCCUCAUCCAAACUAACAAAUGCCUGUCUGUCCAGAGUCAGUAUGCUUGCCUUGUGUUAGUUCCAAUGUGAGCCCUGCCUCACACUCCAUUCUCCUCCUUCUGUUAAUAAACAUCUGAAGGCUCCUCUUUUCUGCUUUUCCUAGUGAGUUUUAGCUUGGAAUAGUUUAACUUUGUUUAAAUCUUUAUUAAACAUUGAAAGACACAAACUCCAUGUGUCAUUCACUUGGUUAAUGCAUGAUAUGUGAUUUCUAACUUGAUGGGUAACAUUAUAUACAUUUUCCCUUCUAAAUGAUAUAUUUUCAAAUAUUGGAAUUUAGAAAUAUGAUAACACUGUCUGAGAUUUUAAAGUGAGUUCUGUUCUUGCCUGGGCUUGUUUACAGGCUACAUCUCAAAAUGUUACCUGCGAUCUAGACAAAUUUCCCACACUGCUCAGAGCAGUUUGAGUGCCAUAGCUUGCCGGAGAUAUACCACACAGAUUGCAGAGAGCAAGGAGGAAGAGACUCUUCACAAAAUCAUCUCUGACACAGAAAAUGUGCAAGGUGAGGUAACAUCCUUUUACUACACACAAGACCCCUCACCUUAUAACUGCACCUAUCACUGCUCUAUUACAGGACCCUCACACUAUAACUGUACCUAUUGCUGCUCUAUUACAAGACCCUCACCCUAUAACUGUAUCUAUCACUGCUCUAUUACAGGACCCCUCACCCUAUAACUGUACCUAUCACUGCUCUAUUACAGGACCCUCACACUAUAACUGUACCUAUCACUGCUCUAUUACAAGACCCUCACCCUAUAACUGUAUCUAUCACUGCUCUAUUACAGGACCCCUCACCCUAUAACUGUACCUAUCACUGCUCUAUUACAGGACCCCUCACCCUAUAACUGUACCUAUUACUGCUCUAUUACAGGACCCCUCACCCUAUAACUGUACCUAUUGCUGCUCUAUUACAAGACCCUCACCCUAUAACUGUAUCUAUCACUGCUCUAUUACAGGACCCCUCACCCUAUAACUGUACCUAUCACUUCUCUAUUACAGGACCCUCACCCUAUAACUGUAUCUAUCACUGCUCUAUUACAGGACCUCACCCUAUAACUGUAUCUAUCACUGCUCUAUUACAGGGACCUCACCCUAUAACUGUACCUAUCACUGCUCUAUUACAGGACCCUCACCCUAUAACUGUACCUAUCACUGCUCUAUUACAGGACCCCUCACCCUAUAACUGUACCUAUCACUGCUCUAUUACAGGACCCUCACCCUAUAACUGUACCUAUCACUUCUCUAUUACAGGACCCUCACCCUAUAACUGUACCUAUCACUGCUCUAUUACAGGACCCUCACCCUAUAACUGUACCUAUCACUGCUCUAUUACGGGACCCCUGGCCCUAUAACUGUACCUAUCACUGCUCUAUUACAGGACCCUCACCCUAUAACUGUACCUAUCACUGCUCUAUUACAGGACCCUCACCCUAUAACUGUACCUAUCACUGCUCUAUUACAGGACCCCUCACCCUAUAACUGUACCUAUCACUGCUCUAUUACAGGACCCCUCACCCUAUAACUGUACCUAUCACUGCUCUAUUACAGGACCCUCACCCUAUAACUGUACCUAUCACUGCUCUAUUACAGGACCCCUCACCCUAUAACUGUACCUAUCACUGCUCUAUUACAGGACCCCUCACCCUAUAACUGUACCUAUCACUGCUCUAUUACAGGACCCCUCACCCUAUAACUGUACCUAUCACUGCUCUAUUACAGGACCCUCACCCUAUAACUGUACCUAUCACUGCUCUAUUACAGGACCCCUCACCCUAUAACUGUACCUAUCACUGCUCUAUUACAGGACCCUCACCCUAUAACUGUACCUAUCACUGCUCUAUUACAGGACCCCUCACCCUAUAACUGUACCUAUCACUGCUCUAUUACAGGACCCCUCACCCUAUAACUGUACCUAUCACUGCUCUAUUACAGGACCCUCACCCUAUAACUGUACCUAUCACUGCUCUAUUACAGGACCCCUCACCCUAUAACUGUACCUAUCACUGCUCUAUUACAGGACCCCUCACCCUAUAACUGUACCUAUCACUGCUCUAUUACAGGACCCCUCACCCUAUAACUGUACCUAUCACUGCUCUAUUACAGGACCCCUCACCCUAUAACUGUACCUAUCACUGCUCUAUUACAUGACCCCUCACCCUAUAACUGUACCUAUCACUGCUCUAUUACAGGACCCCUCACCCUAUAACUGUACCUAUCAUUAGAGGACCCACACCCUGUAACUACCCGUUUCCCAUCACUGUCUCAUUACAAGUUACAGUAGUAAUGUUACUAACUUUUUAACAUCUCUCUUCUUUUCAAUACAUUCACAGGUUCUUCUACUACUCAUGAGUUUCAGGCUGAAACAAAGAAGCUCUUAGAUAUUGUUGCUCGCUCCCUCUAUUCUGAGAAAGAGGUAUUUGUCUGAGGAAGAAACUAUUUGUAACUGUGCUUACUGGGUUUAGUAAUCUCACAGAAUUACUAUAACGACUGUUGUAACAUGUUGCACUUACCCCAGCUGUGUGAAUGUUUUAUCUGUUUAUUCAUUUUUUUGAAUACACAUAUUUCCUUUAACAUUUCCUGCUCGGUUCAAUCAGGUGUUUAUUCGCGAGCUGAUCUCGAACAGCAGCGAUGCUCUUGAGAAGCUGCGCCACAAACUCAUGCAACAGGGGAGCGUCCUGCCUGAGAUGGAAAUUCACCUGCAGACAGACAGUGAUAAGGGGACGCUCACUAUCCAGGUGGGGUACACAUCACUUAUUUCUUAUUUUGGAUAUUACUUAACUCCUUGCAGAAAAGAUAAUCAACUCAACCACUGCCUUGUACUUAAUCAUAGGUUUCUCUGAUUUCCAUCCAGGCUCACCAGCCUGCGAUUAACCCUUAAAGACACAUGACAUGUGUGACAUGUCAUGAUUCCCUUUUAUUCCAGAAGUUUUUGGUCCUUAAGGGGUUAAGUACCUGUGCUAUAAAACAUGUCCAGAUAUUAAAUCUAGAUAUUCUUUGGAAUUACGUUGUAUUUUUCUUUGUUGUAGGGCGGGAUUUUACGUUUUGGUUUAAGGAUUUAGCAUUCUAGAGGAACCCGCCAGACAUAUAAAGCAAUUCAGCUUGCUCUGCCAUAUUUGUGACAGUUUAUAAAAGUGCCAAUUUCAAUAGAAAAUGUUGUAAUUGGGGGCAGACACAUCUCCCAGGCGGCUAUUCAGACAGCCAUGGGAGUUCGCAUGAGCUAGCAGGCGUCUGACUUCCCCCUUCUCUGUGAGCUAUGCUACAGCGCGAUGAGAAGCAUAGGGAAGGGGUGAUUGCAUUCAUAGCUCCAGCACAAAGGCUUCUCAAUGACAAGCCUCCAAAUGGUGUAUUCCACAGCACAGACUUUCUGUCCAUCAAAGAGGGGAGGGCUUCGGGCUCCGACAGAUCUUUUUCAAGCUAUUUUCUCCAUAUACCUACAAAGAAAUAUGUUCAUGUUUUCUUUUGGGGUGUAUACUAAAUGGUUAAAAGGUAACAAUUUGUUGGACUCCUCCUACCUAGGUGUAUGUUCUGUUUUGCAUUUGAUGUGUGGAGCUGAAGAUGUAGUUGAGUGUAGUAGUGUAGAAUUACCGGUACAGUGUAUUGUAUCUAAUCAUACAUAGAGGUUUCAUUUUUGACGUCUUGCUCUUCUGGCUGAGAUUUAUUGAAGGUGACUUGGUCAGCUGGCAGGGGGUUGGUUAGUUCUACUUGUUACAAUGAUGGAUUGUGAUGGUGGAGCUACAAACAUUGUGUUUUUCUCCUUGUUGCACUACAAUUGAGCCAGCUUCAUUAUAGUGUUAUACAGCCGUACCUCUAUUAAUUGCUGUGUAGUAAUGUACCUCCAUGCUGAGCUGGUGAAGGAUCCCAUGGGUGAGUGCUUUCUGUUUGACUCCGCCCACUCACUCUCGAUUCCUUCUUGCAGGACACCGGAGUGGGGAUGACACAGGAUGAACUAAUUUCUAACCUCGGAACUAUUGCCCGCUCUGGAUCCAAGGUAGGUAGUCAACUUGCACACUUGAUUUACCUCCUCUGCUUUCAUAUGUCUUUGAGCAUAUUGUCACUAACAAACGUGGGGCACGGAAAGAGCUGCAGGGUAAAACUGUCUCAUUUUGAUUGUCCACCUUUUUCCAUCAUCAGUUUUUCUUCCUUGUUACUCAUCAUCCAUGGAUUUAACCCUCUAUUCCAGGCAUUUCUGGAUGCCCUGCAGAACCAAGCGGACAGUGCCAGUAAGAUAAUCGGCCAGUUCGGUGUGGGUUUCUACUCUUCUUUCAUGGUGGCAGACAAGGUGGUAGUAUACUCUCAGUCUGCUGAGCCUGGCAGCCCUGGGUACUGCUGGUCUUCAGAUGGGUGAGUCCAGUGAUCUCAGGGCUCUUUCAGUUCGUUUCUCUGUUUUAGAGCUUCUCAUUCUCAUGGUUUUUGUAGAACGUUCUGGUACUUGAAGUAUAAAGUGCAACUCACCUCUUAGCCAACCAAUGGCGGAAGCUCUGGGGUUAUUGAACACAAUACUUUGAGAAGUUACUGCCCAUAAAUGGAUAAAUAAAUCAAUGUAUACACAAACUAGGUAUUGAUAAAUCCAAUGCCUGAUGUGUUAAUGACAAUGAUUUGUAUCUUGAGAUGGCCUUGAGAAGGUAGAAAUGUUUCUAUCUCAUACAAUGGGAUUUAGUUACAGUAUAUGAUCAUACAUUGCAUAAGCCUGUACACAGUGUCCGUGUACCCCAUUCUUGGCAUAUCCUACUGUAACAACCUAAUGUCUGCUCUUAUGACAUUAAUCCACUUAUUUGGGAAAUGCUUCCACUGGGACUCUCUGCAGGGCAAGGUUAAAUAGGGCCCUGGAAUGAGGCACCUGUGACUGGGAGGGGUGGAAAACUGUAGACUUGGCCUGGACUCCCAAAUAUAUAUUUAUAUGCCGCGCUUAUUAUGCCUUCCCCAUUAGAAAGCAUUGACUCAGUGUUUUCCUAUGGGGUUUUCCUUGACGCUGGAUGUUCUCACGCAGAGCAUUUUCUUUGUACUACAAUGCAAAAAUAUUAAGUUUCAGCCAAUAUCCGAAUUCUAUAUCCUAAGCUUGAUCCAAUAGACAAUAUUCUAUAAGGUAGCCAUUGUAUUGAAAGGCUUCUCAACAUUGAUAGACAUGGUCUUGGCCUUUUCUCAGUAGCAGAUUUAGGAUUAGAUAUCUUAUGGCAGCAGCUUAUCAUGUAAAGGUAAUGUUUUUAUUUUUAAAUAAUUAUUUUCUCCUCCUUCCGUUCAGCUCUGGUGUCUUUGAGCUAGCAGAGGCCAGUGGGGUAAAGCCAGGGACAAAAAUUGUUAUCCAACUCAAAGAUGACUGCAAAGAGUUUUCUAACGAGGAUCGUGUGAAAGGUAAGAUCUGGAGACCCUGCACUGCGAGCAUUAGUCAUCACAAACUCUACCUUCUCUAGAUCAGCACCGUGUGUGGCCUUACUGAUAAUACAGGUCGUUAAUAUAUUCUUCUCUUGUCAUUCCACCUUGCAGAAGUGGUAACAAAAUACAGCAACUUUGUCAGUUUCCCCGUGUACCUGAAUGGCAAGCGGCUGAACACCCUGCAGGUAGGUGGCUGGAAGGAUGAUAUAUAGCUUUGUGCCAAAAUCCAUGUAGUAUACACAUUCAAUUUAGAUAUCAGUAACUUGUGUUUUCUAUGGUGAGUUUUUACUCUUUAUUCUGUGAUUAAGCCCAAAACAUGUGAGACUAGGGGUACCUUGCCCUUUGUACUCCAAAGGUUGGUCCCAAAUACAGUCCUGCCUUGUGACUUUUUUUUUUGAAUAAUAAAGGUUUAUUUUAAUGAUAAAAUGAGUUGGUGAUUUACUUGAGUCCUCAAUAUCUCGAUAAUAGGGAGAGUUUUAGAAAACAAAUUUUGAGAUAUUCUCAUCAUGUGUAAUUGUUGUUUUUUGCUUCCCUAACGUUAGGCUCUCUGGAUGAUGGAUCCUAAAGAAAUUAGUGAUUGGCAACAUGAAGAGUUCUAUCGCUUCAUCGCCCAGGCAUACGACAAACCGCGCUACACUCUGCAUUACAAGGCAGACGCACCACUCAACAUCCGUAGCAUCUUCUAUGUGCCAGAGAUGGUGAGUUGAAAUCUCUUGCUAGAGUAGAAUCCUCUACAGCAGGGACGAUAUGAUUUGUACUCCCAGCCAGUGAGCUUUGCAUAGGCACAAUGCCAAAUUUUAUUGAAUGUUCAUCUGCAGCAUCUUAGCCUCACUGCAAUAAACCUCCACUUUAACCCGUCUGCAGAAACCCUCCAUGUUUGACGUGAGCAGAGAGCUGGGAUCCAGUGUGGCUCUCUAUAGUCGCAAGGUACUUAUCCAGACCAAAGCUGCUGACAUUUUACCGAAGUGGCUACGCUUCUUGCGAGGUGCGUGUAAUAUGACUUUGAUUUUCACCCAGAGAAUAUAAAAUGGGUUCAUUUGGGACUUGAUAUUUAAUCUUCACCUUAACUGUUUUAAUCCCAUACUUAAAGCUAUGACUUUUUUUCUGAUCCCCCAUGCCCCCAAUGUUACCUUACUACAUAUCCCCUAUCUGCAGGAGUUGUGGACAGCGAGGACAUCCCCCUGAAUCUUAGUCGGGAACUGCUGCAAGAGAGCUCACUGAUCAGGUGGGAAAUAGAGGCAUAGAUUAAAGUUAUUCCUUGUUUGUCUGUGGGCGUUACUAGUUCUCUGAUCAGUAUUGGUUAUUGAACACACUUUGAUUGUAGGUAAAUAAUCGUAUGUCUGCUCAUUGCAGACUGUGAGUAAUUUGCAAACAAGAUUUGGUGGGUACAUCUCCAGGUAGGGUCUGGUGGCCACAUGUGUAUUAGCCUCCCAAUGCUUUGCUAUAAGAAAGCAUUGGAUUGGCUGAGAUCAUCAAUUCUUAAAUCAGUCCAGUGGGCGGAGCCAACACGGGCAUUCCUGCGCGGCACUGGAAUAAAGGUGAGUUUUUACACUAUUUAAGGGGACGUGCAGUGGGGCGUUGUCACCUAAAUAGUUUUAACACGAUACGGUCAGGAAUACACGUUUUUAUUCCUGACCCUAUAGUGUUCCUUUUAAUAGGCCUACAGUUCACAUUGCUGUGUUACUGAAGGUAUAUGUAUAAUAUUAACAGCUGUCCGGUAUUGCUGAACAAAUUGAGAAUUUAGUCUCUACCAGGCAUUUAUGCUUGAGGACGUAUCCAGGAUUUCUAUGGGAAUAUAGAAAUUGAGGUGCAGCUUCCAGCACAAAUAAAAGUAAUCGUUUAGUUCUUGGCAUCCCUAUUGCAGUAUUGUGUUUGUUCUUUGAAUGUCACAUGUAGAAAGCAAGAGAACAAUAGGUUGACAAUUUUAUUUUAUUUUUUUAUUUGUUAUAUGAUCUUGUGUGCUACUGAAAUCUACAGAAAUGCUCAUUUUCACGCCUGGCCUUUUUUUUAAGCAUGCAGUGUAAUAAUUCUCUUUGCUUGAUAUAUAGAGCUUUUUGCUCUGUAUAUCUCUUAAAAAUAACUAAUCCGGUGUCUAAUGAUAUUGUCGCUGGCUUUUUAGACAUUACAGGUGAGGGCCAGAUUGACUUCUGGUUGUCGUGUUGGAGGACAACUAGGGUUCUAGUUUGAGUUGGAAGGCUUGUGUUUGUGAAUCUUAGUAAAUCCAUUAUAUCACAGGAAACUGCGGGACGUGCUGCAAAAACGGCUCGUCAAAUUCUUCAUUGAUCAGAGUAAGAAGGACCCAGAGAAAUACGCCAAAUUCUUUGAAGACUAUGGACUGUUUAUGCGAGAGGGAAUUGUGACCACAGCAGAGCAAGAGGUCAAGGUGAGACUGUCACCAAUGGUGUAUUUGUUUAUGUGUAUAGGUGACCAGCAGCUCCCGGAAAUCCCACAGUACUUGCUAUGUUCCACAAUUUCUGGGUGUACAACAUAGGAAUGAUGUUCCCUAUGCAUUGAUAAGCAAUAUAUUCUGUUACUGUUCUAUGAUGGGUAUCCUGUGGAAGUCCAGCUAGUGCCACAGAACAUUGAUUUAUAUAAUGUUUAAAUGAUUUCGCUUGAAUUAAACAGUGAAGCAGUUGAAGCGACCCAAAAUGUUGUUUUUGUGUUUUCUAUUAUGAGAUUUGUUUGCGAUAUUAGGCUUUUUGACCAGACAAUGUUUGCUUGGUGUUUCUCAUUGUCUUGCUAGUGGUUUGGAGAUCUGAAAAUACAAAAACUUUUGAUUUGGCUUCUUAGGAGGACAUUGGGAAGUUGCUGCGUUUUGAGUCGUCCGCACUGCCAGCAGGUCAGCAGACCAACCUCACGGAUUACGCUAGCCGCAUGCAACCUGGAACACGCAACAUCUACUAUCUGUGCGCUCCUAAUCGCCACCUUGCCGAGAACAGUCCUUACUAUGAGGCUAUGAAACAGAAAGAUACUGAGGUGAGGAACUAGGUGCUACUGGUCCUGGCUUUGGCUUCAUCUUGCAGCCCUUACAAUCCUGUGGUGUUCUGCUAACACCAUGUCAUUGAAUUACAAGAUUCUCUAAUUGUCCUCCCAGGUCCUGUUCUGUUAUGAGCAGUUUGAUGAGCUGACUCUGUUACAUUUGCGGGAAUUUGACCGGAAAAAGCUGAUCUCUGUGGAGACUGACAUAGUUGUAGAUCAUUACAAGGAGGAGACGUUUGAGGACAACAAACCAGGUAUCUUGUCUCUACUCAGGCAGCUUUUAGCAGUUUAGCGUCCCUUACAUGUACUCAUCAAAUGUCUUAAUCUUUCCCAUCUCAGCUGGAGAACGCUUGCUGGAGAAAGAUGCAGAAGACCUCAUGGCUUGGAUGAGAAAUGGCUUGGGGACCAGAGUAACCAAUAUCAAGGUAACAAACAAUGGUCAUAUUUCCUGUACAAGCCUUUUCAUUGUUCUUACAAUGCCAUUUUUGAAUUGGGUUACCAUUGUGUAAUGUAAUGUUCUGGAAGCAUGUUCCUUAUUAAAAGUCCAGAUCUUAUUGUUUAAAUCCGUUAUCUGUACUGAUCCAAGACAUAUAUAUUUAGUAUAUGUGACAUUUUGGCCUCAACGUUUAUCGAAAUGUAAAAUAUACAGGUUCUCAAAAGAAUGAGCCAUUGGUUCUUACCAGUAAGUAUGUCGGAAACUGUUACAUUUACUCAUCUUCUAGCCUCUCUGACAAUAAUUUCAUUUUAUCACAAAGUAUUCAUUCACUCCUGCCUCCUGCCUUUUCCCAGUAUUUCUUCAUAAACCUUAAUAGGAGCCGAUUUUGCAUUGCAAAGUUAAAAAAGAGAAUUCAGUUGAAGAAAAUGAGUAACUAUGGUUGUACAACACACACGCAAGCAUCUCCCAUUCUUUACUUUGGGGAAAGUGUGACCAUUGUAGUUCCCCUAUUUACCACUAUAAAGUCUUGUAAUAUUUGCAUAUGCCCAUAACAAAAGCAACAAAGGAUGGGAGAACCAGUAUAUCCUCACCACAUAGGCAGGUUGGAGCCUGUGAACAGCAGCCAAGCUGUAAGUAGUUAUAGCUAUUGAUCCAUAAUAAUUACCAAUAUGUUCUGUCACACCAAGGUAACACCACGCCUGGACACCCAUCCAGCCAUGAUCACUGUUUUGGAGAUGGGAGCAGCUCGACAUUUCCUACGUACCCAACAACUUGCUAAAACCAGCGAGGAACGAGCUCAAAUCCUGCAGCCCACACUGGAAAUUAACACUGGGUAUGUAUCUUUGGAAACUUUCCUCUCACUUGACUGACUAAAUUAUAAAAAGCAGUGCAGGGUUUGGGUGAGAAGGAAGGCCUUCCAUAGAGAUGACAAAUUUCCCAGCUUUUCUUUGAGUAUUUCCCCCAUAUUUGGUUACGAACAGUUUAUGGGUGACCUAGUCUAAUAAGGCUACAUACCCUAGGCCAGGCAUAGGCAACCUUCGGAACUCCAGAUGUUUUGGACUAGAUCUCCCACGAUGCUUUGCCAGCAUUAUGGGUGUAAAAGCAUUAUGGGAGAUUUAGUCCACAACAUCUGGAGUGCCGAAGGAUGCCUAUCCCUGCCCUAGGCCAUACAUUCCUCCUUUCCUAAUGACCAGGUCAUAUGAUGGAUUUAUUUACUUUACAAGCAGUAUUAAGCUCUGCAAUCAUAAUGUUGAUUAUUCCAUAUUGAGAUCAGGCUGUUGAUAACAUUUGUGUAUACUGUGUUUGUAGCCAUCCACUCAUUAAGAAGUUGGAGCAGCUGAAGGACUCUGACCAGGAACUGGCAAAGUUACUUCUGGAUCAGGUGGGUAAUUUGAUCUGCUGUUAAACGUCAGCCACGGGCAUUAUGUCCAUUUUGUUUUAAAUCCUGUGUGUGUGUGUGUGUGUGUGUGUGUGUAUGUGUGUGUGUAUAUAUAUAUAUAUAUAUGUAUGUAUGUAUGUAUAUAUAUAAUUUUCAGCCACCUGCCCAUCAAUAUCCUUUUCUUAUACUUGGGAAGUUGCUAAGAGUUGGACUUGUGCACAGCAAAAUCUGGUUCGGACAAACAGAAAUUUGUCCAUCUGGUAGUUUGUGUGGAUGCAUUUUGACCACGUGAUCGUUUUAGAAAACGAUUCAGAUGCACCAAAAUAGUGUGAAAACAUUGGAUUUCUGUUAGCAGCCAGUGCCUGCUUUGUUUGGGAUGGUGUUAUCUAUUUUCGUUAGGUUUUUUGUGUCUUUUUUUUUUUUUAACUAUUGUGGCAAACUCCACCUUUUUCUGUGAGUUUGCCACGAGUUUUUGGAGGGGCCUGUUUGCCAGCUUCCUACCCUGUGACCAUGGCCCCUGGAAUAGUACUGGCUAAUAGACUCCAAACAGGCUCUGUUCGUGCAAUUGGGACUAUAUGGUUCGUGUUCUAAUUGUUCGUCUGGGUGGCCGCGAUUCCUAUGAACAACCAUGAGGUGGCGGCCAUCUUGUUCGAAUGAAAGCAGGCAGCGGUGUUUGGCCAUUAAUCUCAUGGAACUGAAAUCGGAUACAGAAACUCCCGAACACGGCUGAACUUCCAUCAUCGCCUGCAUUUGUUUUUAUUCAGCUUAGAAGGGCACUGUUCUGAGAUCAUUCGUCUAGAUGAAGGGAACAAGCUCCAGGGUAAGACAAUUGACUACGUUCGGUAGUUUGUUUGCUUGCAAACUCCCAAACUAGGCCGGCCGCAAGCCCUGAUUCUCUGGAACUGUUUUGGGCAUGAAACCAAACUUGUGGCUGGUCAAAAAGAGACUUCCAUUAAACUUUUGAACCCCUGCUCUGAUCUGGGCUAUUUUUGGAUAUGUUGUUCACCCAGAUCAGGGCUAUCCGGAGAGGGGGGAUGUUAUGUUUUGGGGGUACUUUCUGAACUUUGUGAAAAUGUUUUUUUCUGCCUGGAGAGAAUUGAGUUACUUUCAGGACUUUACUCCAUUACCUCCAAAGCAGAGGGGAGGGAUUGUGUGCUGUACAUGGGCGUGUCACAGACUGUAUGUUUGUUCUGAUUGGUUUCUGUGUCCCAUCAGGUCCAGAGGGUGUUCCUCUGGCCUGGAGAAUUGUAUGAAAGCCAACCUGAACCAUUAAAGAUCAGAUCAUCUUGAAGUUUCGGCUCAUGUUUGAGGGAUUGGAGACCUACACUCUGGGGUAUUGCUAUAAUCACUUUGCUCCCCUGAGUAUAAUUACUAAGCUCUUGUAAGCCCUUGUUCCUGCUACGCUCUCUGGACUAAUAGAGUUCUACCCGCUGGAUCCUGGUCAUAGGUCCAGGGUGGGUAGGAGACGGCGAGAUCCCAACCAAGCUGCGGCAGUUUGUGGGGUUUGCAGUAGUUAUGGUGUUCCAGCGCAGUGCUUAUGAUACUAGUUAGUACUAGGGAGCAGCAAUUGACGGAGGUACCUGGUCGGGGUGCCAGGCGGUCCUUCACAACUAACCCCCUAUUUGUAACACAACCCAGCUCAUUUUGAGAAGUUGCAGUAAUGUGAAGUUGUUGGUUCCAGUGCUGUGAGAAUCUCUACUAUGCGUUUUUAUUUGUAUUUCCCUGUGGAAACUAAAGCGCUUUAUGAAUCUAUAUUUAGUUAUGCAUAUCCAUAUAUACAAUCAUGAUAACCUUAUUAUAUCAUUAUGCUGUUAAUGAUUGUAAAUUAAUCCCACUUUAAAACAAACCCGUCUCUUCUACUUUCAGAUUUAUGAAAAUGCUAUGAUCGCUGCCGGCCUAAAUGAUGACCCCAGGCCCAUGGUUAGCCGCCUUAAUGAACUGUUGACCAAGGCGUUGGAAAAGCAUUGAUCCUUCUCUUAAUAAUUCAUCUUCUUACUGCAUACAAGCUUUGUUACUUGUACGAGCAAUCUUAGAGUUCUUCAAACUCUAACGUUCCUGGUUGUUUGGUACAGAGAUCCUCACCCUGUUGGCACCUGCUUUAGACCACUACAAUGUUUCCUAUGGAAAAAAGUUUAAUCAGAAUAUUGCUUACCUGCUCUGGAUCUCAAUCAAAUAUCGCUGCCCAAGUUAAUCUGUAUCACACACAUUGUUACCUUUGAGGCAGUAAUGGCUUGUGUUGCAUGUGUUGUGAAUACAUUUCCCAUGACGCCAGGCGGCCUUUCAGGAAUUGUCUGCAGAAGCAAAUGUUUGCCAUCACUUCUAUAUAUUGUGGCCAGUCCAACACUGAAACAGGACUUCUAAAAUUGUACCUUCCAGUUUGUAUAGUGUCCAUAGAUACAUUGAAAAGUUCAAUAAUAAUUUUUUUGUUUAUAAAUCUGUACGGGACAAUUCAUACCCUCUUAAUGGUGGGCCAUCCACGUUAUACAACACUUUGCUCACUCGUUGCUUUAGUAAUUAUACGUACUUUAGCAAUGGAUAGGCGAUAACAAUACAAUUAUUUUGUCUAGUAUAAUUGAGUUCAUUAUACAUGUUACUAAAGUUAGACAAUAAAGGUAAACGUGAAAAUAUCUCCUGUUGUAUUCCGUAUAUGUGACAUUGCAGGCAAAAAUUUGCUGGAUUUGCCGCUGCCAUUUUUUUCCUUUGAACUACUGGUGGCUUCACAUAGCUAUAAUUACAUUACCACAUUAUUUACAUGCAUUGAUAUAAAUGGCGUCUCAAUGGAAGAUUUGCUCUGUGACUUCCGUCAUAUGCACAUUUACGCUUUCCAAUACAGCAUUUAACAUUGAA